GCUCCUCCAUCAAUCCCGACCCCAAAAUUUCAAGGUGCUUCAUCGCCUCACCACACCACCCCACUACACUAUCUCAACUCAACUUGAGUUUUCACUCCUAACUUCCGUAUUCGGAAGAAGAAAGCUCUGAGAGCUAUUGCUGCGCGAAUUCGUCUUUUCUAGACUAAGCGCAGACAUUCCGCUCGUGACAUCGUCUGGUCGAUUGAGACCGGAGACGGGAAAAGAAUCAGUGGCCUCUGCUACUGCUUGUAUAGCACGCAUUGGAGAGGUUUCUCUAGACUCAUUGGGAUAGUCGGUCGCCCAACCACCAACAGGAAUCAUGUUCCUAGCUCGGGACGUACGGAAACCAGAAUCAGAUUCAUUCUUUAUAAAAUCAUCUGUCUUGACAAUACUGUCACCGUCCAGAGAGGCAUCUGAAGCUUGCGCGCAAUAUUUGGCGUACUGCUCAUCCGCCUUGUCAGCAGCUGCUUGUGAAAUAUGGGUAAAACCACGAGAAUUUUUGGCUGAUGUCAUUUUAUAUGUACCAUCAACAUUCACCUCAAGAACAUUGUAUUCUGGUUGCCUUGCCUUAGGACGUGAUUCCUUCAAAUCCUUGGUACUAGUAUCAAUGGUGCCAUCGGAGGGUUGGGCGAUAGUACGGGAAGGUGAUCUUGUUGAUCCUUUUGAAUCUGAAGGAGAUAAUCCUCCACCGCCCAAGCACCGUGGCAGACCGCGUUCGAAGCUAAAUAAUAAAGUGGUACCGAAGCCCAGCAAUAAUGUGGCCCAAUUAGAAGGUGAUCUUGUUGAUCCUUUUGAAUCUGAAGGAGAUAAUUCUCCUCCGCUCAAGCGCCGUGGCAGACCGCGGUUAAGUCUCCGUGAAGAAGCACUCCCAUUGCGUCCACAGCCAUCUCCCAAAGCUACAAAGAAAGAAGCUAGAAAAGCCCCGCAGUCCCGCCGUUCCAAAAUUCUUACCCAGGAAUCUUCAUCGAAUUCAGAAGAGCUUCCUAGGGACUUGUUUGCUUCCAAGACGCGCUCUAAGCCUCUGAAAUCUACUGCAAAAGGAGAGGGAAAGAGUACCUGCUCGGAUGAGGACGUAUUUGAGUCUAGAGCAGAUGAAGAGAGUUCAAAAAGCUCUUCGGAAGAUUCCCUUCCCAAAACUAAAAAGAAUAAGGGGAAAGAUAUUGCGCCACCUAGCGAUGAUGAAAUGCUUGAUGUCGUCGAUGGCCAGCGUUCUGAAACAGGCUCGAUCUCCACCGAAUGGACAGAAGAAGAUCAAAUUCUACUCGACUGUACAUACGACUACGAGCUUUCUUCGUGGAGAAAGACAAAAUCAAUCUUCAAUUGUACACCCUUUGACCUAUUUCCGAAGGGCAUCAAGGCAGCUACUGGCCACUGGGAUGGCUACCGUUCCGAAGAUCGAUUCAUCAAGAAGGAGACUUUACUUACCAUUCCACUCUGUAAAUCAUUGUGUACUUUGGUUUGUUUUCCGUGGUUUCAUGGCGACAUUGGAUAUGUCAAAUACGCCUUGUCUUCUGCCCAUAAAGCAAGAUGUGGGGAGAACACUCCACUCAUCGAGGAAGGAACGAGCUGUUGGACCAGCUUUGAGUCUGAAUGCGAGGGUCUCUUCAAUGACAUGAAUGAUGCGGAGCUAUUUCUCAGCGAUGAUCAACUCGAGACUUUAAAGAAACUUCUUUCGUUCCGAACAUCACUUCUUGGACCUGGUAGUUAUUCUACCUUUUUAGAUUCAGCAAUCUUCGAACAAGUUUUGGCAUCUACUAGAACCGCAAAGGAAGCAGGUGACUCAAUUCAUCUCUUGAAUGGUGAUGUGCAAAACGUCAUCAAAGCUUGGGAUGUUUGGAACAAAGAUGCUAAAAAGUACCUUCCUUCGAUGGAGGACUCAAGACAUUCCUGGCACAAGGCAAACAACAAAGUUUUGAAAGUACCUAAGGCUAUUGUCUUGGGCUGGAAAAAGGAUUGGAUCCUGAAAAAUAGACUCGAUGCUGCAAACAAACUUGGAGAAAGAUCUGUCCGCGAUGAUGACGAUGAGGGUUCUCGUUGUGGUGAUGACGAUAAUGGAGUUGUUCUUUGUGGUGACGAUGAUGAUCAGCUUUUCUUCGGUGGCGAUGACGAUGGUAAAAUUAUCAUUAGCAGUGACAAAGACUCCGAUGAUUCCGAUAUGGAUUCUCUUCCUCAACGAAGCUCUAAUGAUGUAGACUCGAGAAGGGUAGAGUUGGAUGAUCUACCUUUGGAGAACAUUUUGACUCCUGACCCGGCAUCUCUGAGUUCACAAGCCCAAGGCCCAAGCCAGCCUUACUCUAAAUUGAGUAAAGAAAAUGCAAACUCAAAUGCAAAAGCGUCAGGGACAAUUCCUACAACUCAAAGUGCUCUGGUGCCGCCAGCAACAGUUCCUACAACUCAAAGUGCUCAGGUAUUAUCAACAACUUCAUCUGACAAGGUCAACGAGAAAGAUAUCAAAAAUUAUCUGAAGAUGGCUGAAUUGAAAGAUCUAGCGGUGUACAAAAAGAUUGAGAUUCUUUCCGAGGACAAUAUAUCGAUGGAGAAACUCCAAGUAUCAUAUCCUCCAAGGAAAAUUCCUGAUGUAUUGUACCAAAUUGGUUACUUGCAAGAUGAUUUUGAGCCUCAUGAACAUGAGCUUUCUGGAGACGUUAGUAUCCACAUUAAGGCGAGUACUACCAUUGAGAGUGGGGGGGCUACCGCUGUCGACUUAUCCGACUGUGUAUUGGAGGACUGGUGUGAAGGAACUGACCUCCGUACAUCUUGAAUAGAGAAGGGGGCCCGGGGGCGGUUUUACAAUAGUGGUGGGAGUAUGUGGGAGAAGACCCCGUGGUGGCA